AUGGGUAACAAGGCCGGUCCUUCCCCAGAGGAGGCCCGAUUGGCUGAACAUGCUGAUCUGGAGGUGGAGCCAGCAGAACCCUGCCCUAAGCUCCGCCCACACACCGCAAGGAUUGUGGAGGAUGAGGAGGCGGAAACAGAGAAGAAGGAGAACGGGUGUACAGUUGUAGAAAGGGAACAAGGAGGAUUAAAGGUGGAGGGCCAAUCAUUAUCUGAGCCCCCGCUAUUUGGAGUGAAGACCCCUGAAAUGGUGCCUUGUCCUGCCCAAGUUUCAACCUCAGCCUCAGCCCCAUCCCCAGACACACUUCCAGCUCCAGCCCCAGUCUCCGCUUCUGAGGAUGCCCAGAAAGGAGAGGUCUCUGUGGGCAGCCUGGCCCAGCCAGCUGGCUUGAAAGACCCACAACCAGCGAAGGAGAAGAAAGAGGGGGAGAAGAAAGAGGAGGAGGAGGAGGAGGAGGAAGAGGAGGAGGAGGAGGAGAGAGUGAAGGGGGAGGAGGAGGAGGGGAGAGAGAAGGGUGAGGAAGAUGAGGUAGAGGAGAAGGAGAGCGAGGAGGAGAGAGAGAAGGAUAAGGAGGAGGAGGAGGAGAGAGAGGAGAAGGAGAGAGAGAAGGGGGAGGAGGAGAAGGUAGAGGAGAAGGAAGAGGGUAGGAGGAGUCAGAGUGAAGCCUCUGUGGAGUUACUAAGCAGCCCCCAAACCUCAGCCCAGCCAAGCCCAGCCCCAACCCCAGCCCCGUCCUCUACCCUAAGUGAUGAUCCCUGCAUCUGGAGUCUGGAGCUUCUCAUCGCUGCGGCGCUGGUGUGCAACCGGGAGCCGCUACCCCCUAUACACCCCUCCAACACACCCCUUCCGCCCACGCCCAUCCCACACCGAGGCAUGGAGAAUAGGGAGAGUGGAUGA